ACCUCGCACCGUUCAUUUGCUUUCAAAAACCUUCGAGGAGACCACGGAAGCAGCAACUACAACCUUUCGUAGUUACUUGUAAAAGUGAUCCUAUACUUUACUUCACGUAAACGAAAACCAGUUAGCUGCUGAAUUUAUUUCGACGUGUAGAUUUGCAAAGUCUGAAGGAUCACAAUGAAAGCGAGCGCGUACAACGUCUACCUGGGAGUCGUGGCGGCCAUGUUGGCUCUACUAUUCGUCACAAUUAAUGCUGCACCAAUGGAGGCGGACGACGAGACCGCCGAGAACACCCUUGUGGCGCAUCCGGAUGGUGACAUGGAGCUCUCAGGCCCCUGGGAUGCUAUCAACACUGCCGCUCUACGCAAACUGCUGCUGCAACUUGACGCCGAGGACAGGAUGGGCAGGGUGACUCGCUCGUGGCCACAAGCUGAGCCCCGCGGCUGGGGUCUUCGGGCGCUUGACAGCCGUCUGGCACGGCAGUGGAGGGCAGACAAGCGGCAGGUGCGAUUCCGCCAGUGCUACUUCAACCCAAUCUCCUGCUUCCGCAAGUGAACACCACCAACUCAACGACGCAUCGACCCUUUGACCUAGUGUAGCACGAACGAACAAAACGUCGUCAAUAUUCUCCAUUAAAAAAAUAGAAAAAAAACAAAUGCGCAGCGGCCAUAUUGUGAAACGAUCAAAGCAUAUGUCAAAUUAUUUUUUACCAUCCAAACAUAAGCCUUAUAGUAUAAGGUAUAAGGAGCCGUUUCAUAAUGAGGUCGUUGAUCUUCCAAAAUGAUGAUUAACAUUCAAUGUAAAUACAUUCUGUAACAAUUUAAAUGUCAGUUAAAGUAUUAAUAAUUGUAAUCGAUACUUAUAUAACUCGCAAAUGUCAGGCUUGUUUCGAACGAGUCUCAUAAAUCGAUUAUUUUGAAGCCAAAGCUAAUACCUACUGCUAAGAAAAUGUCACUUAAUUAUCGUAUUUAUGGAUUAUCUGUUCAUUUGCCAGUGUCCAUGACAUUAAUUAACUACCCUUUCAUCCAUCUAGUAGAUCGUGUCUAGUCAUAAAGUAUAAUGUCUAUCUAGGUCGUGGAAAAUAUAUUCUAAGGUAAUUAAAACUUUUCAUUUAAAAUUCUCUUCCAGAAAACACUAUGAUUUAGUUAAAAUAUUGUCAUUAGUCUGAAAUAUUGUUUCUCUUUACCCUUUAUCUAUAUAUUAACAUUAUAUUG